GCCGGAGGUACUGUACAUGCAGCACAGCACAGUCAGUUUGACUAACAGUCAGACUAGGAGAAACUCUAAGAUUUGUUCUUGUCAACUUCUUCUUUGAGUAAUACCCUUUCUAGUCAUUGACUCUCUGGGAAAAGACCUAUAAUUACCCGUUCCCCUCUCUUUUUCACUCCAACUCCCCAACUCAAACCAUACCUUCAUACCCCCGCCACCUUGUCUUUUUACUUCACACCCCAACUUCACCAUGACCAACGACUCCUCCAACACUGGUGCCGCCUCCAAUGGCGAGGCCAAGUCCUCCUUCACCGUCAAGGCCGGCCUCGCCCAGAUGCUCAAGGGCGGCGUCAUCAUGGACGUCACAAACGCUGAGCAGGCCCGCAUCGCCGAAGAAGCCGGCGCCUGCGCCGUCAUGGCCCUCGAGCGAGUCCCCGCCGACAUCCGCAAAGACGGCGGCGUAGCCCGCAUGUCAGACCCCGCCAUGAUCAAGCAGAUCCAAGAAGCCGUCACCAUCCCCGUCAUGGCAAAGGCCCGCAUCGGUCACUUUGUCGAGUGUCAGAUCCUCGAGGCUCUUGGUGUCGACUACAUCGACGAGUCUGAGGUCCUCACACCCGCUGAUGACGAGAGCCACGUUGAGAAGAGCACUUUUGGUGUUCCGUUUGUUUGUGGGUGCAGAAACCUCGGUGAGGCGCUGCGACGAAUUGCAGAGGGCGCUGCUAUGAUCCGAACAAAGGGCGAGGCUGGCACCGGUGAUGUCGUCGAGGCCGUGCGACACAUGAAGACAGUCAACAAGCAGAUCGCACAAGCCAAGGCCGCGCUCGCAGAGGGCGGCGUCAUCCGCAUCCGCGAACUCGCCCGCGAGCUCGAAGUCGACGCCGAACUCCUCCGCCAGACCGCAGAGCUAGGCCGUCUGCCCGUCGUCAACUUCGCCGCCGGCGGAGUCGCCACGCCCGCUGACGCCGCGCUCAUGAUGCAGCUCGGCUGCGACGGAGUCUUUGUGGGAAGCGGUAUUUUCAAGUCGGGCGACCCUGCGAAGCGGGCCAAGGCCAUCGUGCGUGCGACUACACACUACAAGGAUGCCAAGGUGCUGGCUGAGACUAGCACGGGGCUUGGCGAGGCUAUGGUGGGAAUUAACUGCGAUAGCAUGAAGCCUGAGGAGAAGCUUGCUGGACGAGGAUGGUAGAGAGUAAAAAGAGGUGUUUUGUUUUUGGCGUUGAUGGGGAUUCAACAUGAAAAAAGGAAAAAGAAUAGGGCAAGGAAAAUGAAGAUACCUAGUUGACAAGAUCAACUCGGCUAGAUAAAGUAUGCAUGGACGAUAUAAGCAGGUGUUCCGACACCAUAAUUGAUAACAAAUUUCUCCCA